CGCCAUUCAGUUUGUAACAGUGGGACUGCGCUAACGCACCAUGGGGAGCGUACACGUUAGUAAAGUGAUAUUAUACGUUUUAAACGUAAUAAACGCCGUUCUAGGAGUGGCCAUCGCAUCAGCAUCCAUAUGGUUCUUCUGCGAAGUCCAUGACUUUACAACUUUGAGGAACUCCAACCAUUACCUUCUGGAUUACACCGUAUACUGGCCACAAGCGAUCCCAUGGCUGUUUUUCUUCGUAUCCCUCUUCGUGUUGGGAGUAUGCGCCUGCGGAUUCACCAGCGCCAAGAAGAAGUCCAGAGGAUUGUUGACGAUGUACAUAACUGCUCUAGCGAUUGUGGUGUUAAUUUUAAUCGCGGCUUCAGUAGUAGCCCUAGUGUUCGCAGACAAUAAGAGCACAGACGAUUUCGUGAAGGACACGGUAUGGGAUGUAUACUUCCAGACGAAAACUGACAAUGAUGUGGCGGCAGCGUUCGGCGAGAUUGAAAAGAAACUCCACUGCUGCGGCGCCGACAGUCCAAGGGAUUACAAGAACUGGAAGAAUGAGUUCCCUAAGUCCUGCUGCGACGUGUUCUACCAUGGCUGGUUGGACCCGUACUCGAUCGACUGCGAUUUCACCAACAAACUCGCCAACGAACGUCACGGCUGUUCUACAGUUGCUGCGCAAUACGCCAGAAUUGUCAUCAAGGUGCUGUCAGGAGCAGCCAUCUUUACUGCAAUCAUCUGCAUACUGUGUCUGGUGGUUGCCGUGACGCUGUCGAAGGCCCUAGCGAAGAGGAGAAGACCACCACCCCAGAACGAAUCGGAGAGCAAAAAGGUGCUAUUGGUCAAAAUGAAGGAGGAUCUAGCAAAGGGUGUGUUGUAUGUUGUGAAUGUGUUGUACGCAAUAUUCGGAUUGGCCUCCGCGGCAACUGGGAUAUGGUUUUUCGUGCAGCUGUCAGAAUUCGUCGCGUUGAGGAACAGCAACCACUAUCUCUUGGACUACCGCGUCUACUGGCCACAAGUCGCGCCAUGGUUCUUCAUCAUCCUCGGAGUCUCCAUGAUGGUAGUGUCCUUCUGCGGCUGGUGCGGUGCCAACCAGGAGAGCAGAGGUCUGCUGGGGAUGUACGGCAUCUUCCUCAUCUUAAUCAUCCUGCUCCAAGCCAUUACUGCAACCCUGAUCUUUGUUUACGUCGAUGGUGAGGAUACCGACCGAUUUAUAAAAGAUACGGUUUACGACGGGUACUACAACUCGCAGUCCAAUCCUGAUGUGUUCAAGUCCUUUGGCAGGAUUGAGAGGAAGCUGAAAUGCUGCGGAGCGAACGACGCGAGAGACUACAGGAGUUGGAGAAACGACCUCCCUCUGACCUGCUGUCUUGACAGCUACUACAGAGCCACCUGCGAUUUCACCGAUAAGGAGGCAAACGAAAGACUUGGAUGUGCGAAGGUGGCUUCUGUGUAUACCAAGAUCAUAUCUUCUUCAGUCGCUGGUGCAUCUCUUAUCAUCUCUCUACUAGAGAUUGCUGGUGUUAUCCUAGCUUGGAAACUCUUCAACAAUCUGGGAGAAGUGGAGCAUUAUAUUACUGAGAGAAAGGAAGGAGAAACUGAGUGCUAAGGUCAGUCAUGCAUUUUCGGUGCUAAUAAUAUUGCUAAACGGCCAUAUUGGAUUUGCCGCCAUUGCUGAUGCAUCUUGGCGGUAUACCACCGACGGGUAUAUUCGGUUCCUUGGCAAAAGAACCCAGAAACCAUACCCCGUAGCUUAGUUACCAUAUUGAUAAGAAGUUAAAUCGGUAUUUAAUUGAUGUAUGUUUAUAUGUACUCUGUGAGCCUGGUACUAUUAAGUUUAGACUGUUAAUUGUAGCUCCGCGCGACUUAUGCAAUCCUGGUAUUUCAAUCCCCAUUUGCUCUUACAUUU